AUGAUCAUCUGCGGUUGUGGGAAUAGCGCUGAUUUGGGCUCCAGUGUCAAUCCGGAAACGUCUGUGAGUCGCAGUGUCACAAACAUAGAAGGUGCGACCAGAGCCGGAAGAGCGAGAGAAAACGGUCGCAUCUAUUCUCUGACUAACGGGUUUCCCUGUUAAGGCUUAAAAGAGCAAAGUGAGGAACAGCGAAGUGCCUUUACUCCGAAAGUAAUGUGAUAUCAACAAGUAUCAGCAGUAGUUGUUAGUAACCUUACUCCGGACAAAUAAUUUAUCCUUACCGUUCCUUUGAUUUGCUCGCAUAUUCUACCGUUGAAGAUGGAACAGGUUCGCCGGCGGAUUGCGAAGAAUGACAUUAGUUGCUUGGAUUUUUAUGGGCCUCGACGUCUCGGCGUAUUUCUCUUCGGGCCGUUUCUGUAACACGUCGCGCGCCAAGCCUGGCGGGGUGGACAUGCGUAGUGAUAAAAUAUCGAAGGAUGCCAUGUAUGUCAGAACCAGCAAGAUGAAGGAAUGGCUGUACACAGGUGAACAAUCGAGUGUAGUUUAUCACAUUCUAUACCACAACAUUGUAAAGGCCAGAUAGGACGGCGCCCCACCUCACAAAUGCUUUAACACAAACGGGUCGUUUGGAGGGGCGAUCCACUGUCUCAAGUCGCAGCUCACACGCUGGAGGAAGUCCACGAGUUCGACUUCGGCAGCACGCGAGCCGGCGAACAAGACGAGGUGGAAACUGUCGGAGGCGUUGCUGUCAGAAACCAACUCCUCUGUUAGACAUAUUGGCCUACCAUCGUGUUAUCACACGUUACGCGCACGCAGCCAGGAAGCACUGAUCACAGAGCAGAGAGAGGCAAACGCCGUCAUCACCCCGUGAAACCACUAUGGGCCAGGCCGCCUGUACCAGACCUGGACACGGACGUAACCCUUCCUGCCCCACCCUCACGGCACGACGUUCUUGCACUCCAGCGGUGUUUUAUGAUGAACUCCUGUUCGAAUUCGAAAGCUUACGUUAAUAAAGCAGCCGUCGCAUUGAACACAUCGUUGUCUUCUCUUCAAAAGUCUUCUGGGCUGCAUAUACUCUCUUCCAUCUAUGGCGCGAGUGUUGUGAAGCUCCACUUCGGGGCCGAGAUGUGGAUAUGGCCAUUUGACCGUCACUUACGACGAGGUCCGCCAUUGCCACACUUCACUACGAGACAGAGUUGUGCCCCAGUUACUUCCCGAUCACCUCCUACUCUCACAGGUUUGGAGUCACAAAACAAAGUCAAGACGAUCGGAGAUAGGUGUUGACACAGUGUCCGGACAAAACUAACGUCACAUCUAUGCAUGCCAAACUCAGAACUGUCGCUAAUAGUCAGCAUCGUUGAUGACACCCCAUCCUUUGUUAAAAAAGGCAACAUGCAUAAGAUUUGGGACAACAUUAGAUGACUAAUAUGGUUUAUUUGGAAGAUGAAGGAAUGACUGGACACAGGUGAACACUCGGAUGUCGUUUAUCAAAUCCUGCACCAUAACUGUCCUUGACAUUGUAAAGGCCAAGCAGGUUGACGUCUGAAGUCACAAAUACUUGAACGCAAAUGGGUCGUUCGGAGAGGCAACCCACUGUCUCAAGUCGCCGCUCACAUGCUGGAGGACGGCUGCUUUUUGUCAGCAGCUUUUUACCAGGGCGGAACAAACGUAGUUUUUUUUCCAUAUCGACAUUUAGAUUGCCUUUCCAUCGAUGUCCGACGGAAUGUUUUGCGAUCAGCCUUCCAUUGUCCUCACAGAGAUGGCGUCUGGCAAACUACAUCAAAUGGUGGACGUGGGUUGCUCCGAAUUCGAGCCACUGCAGGAGAGAUGCCGAAUCAUAUUACGGAAGUAACUUACCAACAUGGGGAUAGCUGGUAUGCCGGCUAGGCUUCUGAUUCACCCAAGUGGCUGGACAAGCCUUCAAUCAUUCUAGAAGUCUGGCGUCACACAGCACGUGAGCGGCGUCGUAACAGCCGGAGAUCUGACCAGAUGCCCGAUCUUGGUUGUUUUAAUCGAUAAUCACUUUCGUUUAUUCCCUUCAGCGACAUUACCUCCAAGGUCACGUAUGGACGAGUAACCCUCAACCUGUUUCCAACAAGUCGUUUUGUCGUUCUUUUCGUUUCACCACGACUCCCUUGCAGUAGUUUUCCACUUUUUAUGGUCGAUAAUAAAUUUACAUCUUUCGAUUAUCUGCCCCGUCAUGUAUGAUGCCCUGCCUGCCUGUAUCAUUCGAUGCCGCCCGUUGUGAGACAUAAUGACUUCUAGACAGGACUUCUUCCAAACAGCUGGUCCGUCUGAAUUCAAGCUGCCGUCAACCCCUUCCAAUUGCAUCUGUCAUCCGACGACGCUAUCUCGCUCAGCCGCUGUAGCGUGUGAGCGUAUCAUUCGGUAGGCAUCCGAAAAGAGUUGCCUCUUGUCCGUCCAGUCUCUCGAGACAAGCGCUAUUGACAAGAAUUCAGGACGCAUCAAGAGCGUAGCUGCAAUAAGCGCGUGCGCUUUCAACUAUCUAUUCAUUGUCGGACCUGUAUAGUAACGUAAGAGGGGGUGAAAUACAGGCUGAAGAUGCACAGAUCUGGUGUUUAGUAAUCGAAAGCAUAUGUUUCCCGAGAUUGACUUUCUAAAUGUCAACAUGGGUAUCAUCACCAACUUAACGAAUACUUGAUGAGCUGCUUUGGUAUUUUCUUCAAAUAAACCUUGACUCAUUUGUUCACCUCUGCGUUCGCACAUUGCCCACCGAACUGGUAAUAAGCUUGCGUGGAUGUUUGCAGGAAACCCAUGUAAAUAUCCAUUUUUGUUCAAAUAAACAAACAUUGACACAAUAAACCUUUGAAUGUGAGCGUGAUACCAACAAUGCCUAUCUUAAUUUAUCAUGUCCCCAGGUCAUCUUCAUUGAAAUUAGGCCAACAUUUUCUGUCACCAACGUUUAAACUGCCACACCAAGUCCGACGUUUUCAGUAAAAGCCGUGACGCGAUUGAAUUAUGCGUAUUUUCUAAAUUUACGGCCUCCAAUAGCGAAGCGAAUGACUGUAUUCGACUUGGCGAAUGACGCACACGGAUAGUUUGCGAUAAAAAGCACAGAUAAUUCUAUGAAAGAUCAUGAGUACCUCGAACCUCAACUACGAUGCUCCAAUACGUUCCGUGCCCGAACAGACUUUUGGUUUAUUUCCUUUUGACAUUGGGCCUCCUCAAUUUUCUAUAUACAGCAGGAUGGUGGAUCUCUAUUCAUCGGGAGAUCCCUUCAGGCAGAAAUGCAGGCGACUGCAAGUCCGACUGGCAACACCUCGUUUACUCGCCUAAGACAAACAGUUUUGAGUUGUCACUCGUGGUGCAUGUCGCGAACGGUGGUCACGGCAUGAACAGAAGUGCCGACCGGCGCAUCCCUAGUCGACAAGUCCUUCUGCAUCCUUCACGUCAACAGACCUAUACGUUUGCGGAGAUGGCCGAGAUCGAGGAUAAUAACUGGAGACUCCCAAUUCCUAAAUCCGUUUUCAUGCUCUACCCACAGGCGUUGGAUAUGAAACAGGUGGUGGCAAAUAUAACGAGCUGCCGUUCCAUAUCAGAGGUAGGCGUGGAAAAUGAAGAAAUGCGAAUCAUCUGCUUCUGCGGUAUCUAUCGAAUGAGGCAUUUAAACUGCACUUAUUUGACUGCAGUACAUUGUCCUAGUUGAAUCUGACUACUCGUGCUCAUUAAUUAUUUUCAGGCUGGCUUAUGCUUGGAUGUUGUUUCAGCAACCGAUGUAUAUUUCACCGGUCACAGGCCCGAAGUAAGUAAUAGUUGCAGUGGUGAUCGUGCAAAAGUUCUUCUCAGGCCGAAUAUCUUCCACAUAACUUUCUAGCUGCGAUCGGGGCUAUAAGCCAGUGCGUGUCUGCAAAGUUAUUCGGUAAUGUCGUUGGAUCCUUGAGAGCCAAACGGGCUUUAUAUGGGCAGUGUUUGAUUGAGCAGGCUGGAUUAUGAUGCAACCUGUGGUAAGACUUCUAAUGAGAAAAGUUUUCUUACGGUACACAUCUAAUGUUGUCAGUUACGAAUUUCUUACACGACUGUUCAUUUUAACUAAUUUUACACAAUGCAUUGCCUCUCAUUUGCCUGAGUCGCCUCUUCUCCCUUUUAUAGGCUCCUAUAUUUGAUCAGACGAUCAGAUUCUUCAACAUCAGCUCGACUGUCUGCGUGCCAGGAAAAGCAGUCAAAGAAGUUCUGGAUGCUAUUGUAGUGGUUAAGUCAGCCGUCUACAACUUUGCAGUUCGUGAUCGCAUUCGGAGAACCUAUGCCAAAGAAGGCAAGCGUGAACAUGCUUUCCGCAUCGCCAUGGUCUUCUCCGUAGGACUACCCCGAAGCAGCGGGGGUCGGUACUUUCAGCGUGACGGUUUGAACAUCUCACUGCCGGGCCGGGCGGGCGAGUCGCUGGAGAAGAUGCGGAAUGAAGGGCCGGCAGUUCUCAGAAAACUGGCAGAAGAAGCUCAAGUCAACGGUGACCUCCUACUGGGUGACUACGAGGACACCUACUAUAACCUUAGUCUCAAAUUAUUCCAUACCUUCCAAUGGGCCUCUUAUUUUUGUCGUCCACAUUUCACCUCCCAACAACGACCUCCUGUCUUCAUUCUCCUGGACGAUGACUAUGCUUUCAAUGCAACCAACUUAAAGACUGAACUGAAGGCACUCUCGGACACGCAAAUUCGACGAGUGACCUGGGGUGUGCGGCAGGCGAGUAGUCCAGUAUAUCGUCCUCUCGUCUCGCCAGGUUUUGAAAAAUGGAUCCUCUCAAAACGUCAAAUGCCCUGGCCCUACUUCGCGCCUUAUGCCUCCGGCGCCUUCCUUGUCAUCGGCGUCGAUACUCUUCAGGAAAUCGCCCUGGCCAUGUACUUCACGCUACAAUUUCCAGUUGAUGAUGCCUGGUUAGGCAUGGUUAUGACAAAGUUGGAUGUCAACGUUGAGCCGCGUCCAUCCAUGCAUAUCUCUAGGCCGAAGAAGCUUAGGAAAGAACUGGUUUCCUUUGCACCCCUCGACUACCUCUUCGACAAACAAUAG